AUGUUUAAGAACGAGUACGAUAACGACAUCACGACCUGGAGUCCGACGGGUCGGCUCUUUCAGAUCGAGUAUGCGAAUGAGGCUGUCAAUAACGGUUCGGCGACGGUCGGCGUGAAAGGGAAGGACUUUGUGGUGCUCGCCGCGCUCAAGCGCAGCCCUGUCGCGGAGCUGUCCUCGUACCAAGAAAAGGUCUUCGAGAUUGAUGAGCACGUAGGCAUGUCCAUCUCGGGCCUCGUGGCAGACGGCCGCGUGCUCGCGCGUUUCCUGCGCACCGAAUGUAUGAACUACCGCUACAUGUACGACAAUGGCAUGCCGGUAAAUCAGAUGGCGAACAUGAUCGGCGAGAAACACCAGCGCCACAUCCAGUGCAGCGGUAAGCGUCCCUUCGGUGUCGGCCUGCUGCUCGCUGGCCACGACCGUCUGGGGCCUCACCUGUACCAGACGGUGCCGUCUGGUGAUGUCUAUGACUACAAGGCCACAGCGAUGGGCGUGCGCUCGCAGGCCUCCCGGACGUACCUGGAGAAGCAUUUUGAGAGCUUCCUCAAUUGCACCCUCGAUGAGCUGGUCGCGCACGCGCUCAAGGCCCUCGCCUCGGCCACAUCGGAGGGCGUAGAGCUGAAUGUCAAAAACACCACCAUUGCCAUUGUAGGCAAGGAUACCCCCUUCACCAUCUUCGAGGAGGAGAGCGCGCGCAGGUACUUGGACGGGUUCAAGAUGCGUCCAGAGGACCGCGUGGUAGCGGCGGAUUAUGAGGACGAGGAGGUGCUGCACGAACAACCCCUGGAUGUAGAGGAGUAA